ACGCGUCGAAGAUUGCGUGCGCCUGUCUGACGUCCGUCCCGUUUCUGGUUGACUUACAGGCAGGUUGUGGGCUAGUAGGAGGCAGUCAUGAGGGGAGAGGUGAGCGUGGUACAAGGCGAGGUUUCCCAGCUCCUCUCGGCCAUGAGAAAGACUGGGAGAUGGAGUGGACACGCCAGAACAGAAGGGGAACAAGACCCAUUAGUACGAGGUCUACACAAACUCCAGACGGUACUGAACGGGACCCCUGACCUUCGGACCCUGGACGUGAUGGUGUUCCUCCACCCGUUCUGUGAGAUUAUCCAAUCAGACGACACCACGGGUCCCGUCACUGGGAUGGCUAUCUCAUCGCUUGACAGAUUUCUAGCAUACGGCCUCAUAAGUCCAGGUCACCCCUCGGCAGCCGGUGGAGUGGCAGCUCUCUCAGAGUCCGUCACUCACGCCAGAUUCGUCGGAACCAAUCCAGCCAGCGAUGAGGUCGUCCUCAUGAAGAUACUACAGGUGUUGCACACACUGAUGCUGACGCCAGUGGGGAGACUCCUGAGCAAUGAGAGUGUCUGUGAAAUAAUGCAGUCCUGCUUCAGAAUUUGCUUCGAAACGAGGCUCAGCGAGCUGUUAAGAAACUAUGCCGAGUCAACUCUAGUGGACAUGGUCCAACUCCUGUUUAUUCAGUUGCCGUCCUUCAACGAGGAUGAGUAUACCGUUGAUGACACUGCUUCUAUCAUUGAUCAGACCAUCACAGCAGGAGGAGAGGAGGAGAGGGGGUCAGUUGAACCGUGUGUGGAGGAUGACGUGGAGGAGGAGGGAGGAGAGGGGGAGGAAGAGGGAGGGGGAAGGGAAACAACUGAUAGCAAUGGAGGAGACGAACACGAUGAGUUGAAACAGCAAGAGGAAGGACUGGAAGAGGGGGAGGCGGGUCUGAAGCGAACUGCACACGAGGCGGAGUUUGUGUCCAGUGAUGUCAUAACUGCAACAAGUCGACAUCGGCAAGGAACACUGGCACCGUAUGGACUGCCGUGUGUCCGCGAGCUACUGAGGUUUCUGGUUUCCAUCAUCAACGUGAAAGAAAGGAACAACUCCGAGUCACUGCUGCACAUCGGACUGAAUCUGGUGACGGUAGUCCUGGAGUCGGGCAGAGAGGACCUCUGUCGGUUCCCUUCUCUGGCACAACUGGUCCAGGACAACCUCAGUAGAAGUCUCUUCACUCUUCUUCGUCACUCCAACUUCUCUGUGUUCUCGGCGACACUGCGAGCCGUCUGUCUCCUGCUCCAACACUGCAGAGUCCACCUGCGGUUCCAGGUGGAGUGGGGUCUCGCCACACUCAUGGAGCUCUUCACUGCCGAGAACACCGCCAGACUCUCCCACGAGAAGAAAGACGCUGUGCUGGAAACAAUUCUGAGGCUGUGUCACUACCCAUAUCUCAUGGCUGAGCUCUAUGUCAACUAUGACUGCAGUCUCUACUGCUCCAAUGUCUUUGAAAAUCUCACAAAGCUCCUUUCAAAGAGCUCUCUGCCAACACAAGGGCUGUCUUCAAACCAUCUCCUCUCACUCGACGCUCUCCUAGCCAUCAUCAAAAGUUUCCAAUCCUGCCAACAACAAGCCCUCCCAGACAACGCCCUUGCAGUCAACUCCCAACUCUCGGAAACAGAGGGAGAGAAUGCUCCAAGUGGAGCCUUGGCCACAUCUCAGGAAGGCUCGACCCAGAUUAACUCUGCGGGGAUCAUUUUCAGUUCUAGACCGGAGAGAGAGACGGUGCUUGUCGAGGAGAUGUCUAUUACUAGUGUUCGCUCCGAUUCUGCACUUGCCGACCACGUCACUGAGACUGCAGUUGAAAUAGCUGGGCAGAGUUGCCCUGCCUCUGGUAUGGAUACUGUGAAGGCUGCCUCAGGGUAUAUGAUGGCAAUAAGAGGUACCCGUGAAGGGGAUUUCCCCCCUGAGACGACAGUGGUGGAACUGGCAACACCGAAAGAGUUGAUAGAGAUACGACAGAGGAAAAAGGUAAUACUGGCAGCAACAGAGCAGUUCAACUUGAAGCCCAAGCAGGGGAUCACCUUUCUCCAAGAGAGAAGAGUCAUAUCUGCCUCAGACUCCCCGCAAUAUCCGGCGGAGGUGGCUAGUUUCCUGGUAGACAAUCCCUGGCUGGAUAAGGCCAAGAUCGGGGAGUACAUUGGAGAUCGCAAGAACCCCCCCAUUUUGGAUGCUUUCGUCAAGCAUUUCUCUCUGCACGGGACUCAUCUGGUGGACGCACUGAGACAUUUCCUUGAGUCGUUUCGCUUGCCCGGGGAGUCCCCUGUCAUUGCCAGAAUAUUGGAGACCUUCAGUGAACACUGGCUGUCCUGCAACAAGGAAGAGUUGGGCAAAGUAUUUGCCAACAGAGAUGCCGUCUAUGUCCUCUGUUACGCAAUCCUCAUGCUGAACACUGACCAGUACAGCACUCAAGUCAAAAAACGGAUGUCCCUGGAGGAGUUCAUUCACAACCAACGCAAGAUCAAUAAUGGGGAGGACUUUCCACGGCAAUUUUUGACUGACAUUUUCAACAGAAUCAGGGAAGAUGAGAUUAUAAUGCCAGAUGAACAUAAGGGUCAGGUGAAAGAAAACUACCAGUGGAAGGUGUUGCUGCAUCGAAGCAAUGGGCCUGAAGCUACCUACCUUCCAGUCAAUGUGACCUCAUACAACCAAGAUCUCUACCUGUUGUGUUGGAGCCAGAGUGUGGCAGCUCUGUCAUACGUGUUUGAGAAUGCCGAAGAAAGGCCAUUGUACUGAAAGCUAUCAAUGGAUUCAGUAUGUGUGCCUCUGUGGCUGCCCAUUAUGAGCUAAACCAAGUCUUUGACAAGCUGAUUAUCUCGCUCUGCAAAUUUACACUCUCUUGAAUCCACCAGAGACACCAAAUGCAGUAGUGGUGACUCUUGGCACCAGCUCAAAAACGAGGCAGUGUCUCCUAACAAUGUUUUCACUGGCCCAUCAACACGGCAAUAUUCUGAGAGAGGGCUGGAAGAAUAUUCUGGAUGCUCUUGUAGCACUCUUCAAGGCAAAGCUGUUACCUGAUGAGCUAGUGCAAGUGAGAGACUUUGUCCAUCCCACUGGGAGUGUGUCUCUAUUCCGUGAGGAGGCUCCCUCCACUCGCCCCGACUCCUCACUCCUCUCCUCCCUCUCAUUCUGGCUACUCAAUGACAGCCCCAGUGGAGCCAGCAAACCCUCAACUCCGUCCGAGGUCAAGGCACGCAAAACUGCCAGCAAGUGUGUUAAGGAGUGUCGUCCAGAGCAGAUAGUGACUGAGAGUAAAUUCCUGCGACCACAGUCACUACUGGAGCUGAUUAAAACCCUGACAUUUUGCUCUCGUUCCCCUGAAGACCACGUGGCACUGGGAACUGCAUUUCAGGAGGAGACGGCGGUUUUCUUCCUGGAGCUACUGGUGGCUGUGGCCUUGGAGAACAAGGAUAGAGUGGCACUGUUUUUUACCGACUUGAUCAACCACUUAGCCCGAGUGAUCCAAACUUCACAGAAAUAUAGUUUUUUCCUAGAGCGAAGUGUGGUAGGACUCCUAAGACUUGUUAUUCGCAUGUUGAGCAGAGAAACCAUGGUUUCAGAGCUGUUGGGCUCUCUCCGCAUACUUCUGUUGCUCCCGUCCCCAGUCAACCAAGGCUACCUCCUACAGACCCAUCAACAGAUAGCCAGUGCUAUUUCCGAGCUCAUCCAGACGCAGGCUAGCUGUGUGAAGACCCAGCGAGACUGGAUGAUGCUUCUGUUUGUCCUCGAGUGUGUCGGGACUGGAUCAAAUCUGACAUCUCUAUCCACAGCCACGUGGCUUCCAUCCCUAACCAGCGAAACUGGAGAAAUCACGACUGCAGCAGCGUCAAAGCCAUCUGAAACUGACCCUCAGGAUACCCCAGUUGAAAGGCCUCCCCUGCCUGCUGCCGUGAAGACUAGCAAUGCUGCAUUUCUAGAGUCUCUGAGCAAAUUCGAUGUACUAGUGGAGGAGAGUAUUGAGCCACACAACCCAGACAUUUUCUUCAAGUGUUGCAAGACGUUGAGUGACUUGGUGCGGGGCGAUGUUCACGUGACUGCUGCCAACUUUAGCGUGUGUGUUCACUGCAUACGGACCUUUGCAGAGGUCAGUGGGUGUGGUCUGGCUCUGGAGCAUGAGGCCAGCAUGGGCAGGCUACAUCCGUUCCACAUGUCAACUGGAAGCUCCAGACACCAUCCUGGAAGGUCGGUGUCUCCCUCAAGAGCCCCCUCAUCCAGUAAGACCCUGGGAGACUCCUCCACUGCCACUGACAGGGAGAACCAGAGCUACACCACUGCCUCUCUCCAGCUACUGGACCUCAUGGACACUCUGUUCUCUAGAAUUGGGAGGGUGUUCACUCCUGAAGCUGUGGGGCUGCUCAAAAAGGAAUUUGAGGUGGAGGGCAGUAAAGCCACAGUGCACACGGCUCUGCCACAAUCUGAACCAAUCAUGAAGCCAGUGACAGGCUGUGGUGGAGGAGGACUUUUGUGGAGAAUAGCGUGGUGCCCACUGCUUCAGGGUAUGGCGAGAAUGUGCUGUGACUCUCGGAAGUCGGUGCGCCAGACCGGAAUUACUUACCUUCAGAGAGCUCUGCUGGCACACGACCUGCAGAAUCUCACCAGCCGUGAAUGGGAGUCUUGCUUUCUACAGGUAUUCUUCCCCAUGUUGUCUCGCCUCCUCGAAGUGACACCAACCGUUGACCUAUUCAAUCUUGAAGAAACUCGCGUGAGAGCUUCAAAUCUUCUCUGCAAGGUGUUUCUUCAGCAUUUGCUCUCCCUCUCGUCCCUGCCACAUUUUCCUGACCUAUGGUUUGGGAUUUUGGACUUCAUGGAAAAGUACCUGAGCCUGGAGAACUCUGAUUUGCUGUCUGAAGCUAUUCCGGAAAGUAUAAAGAACCUUCUGUUGGUGAUGUCGACACAAGGAGUGCUAGAGGUUUCAGUCGACAGAGACACAGAACACAAGAAUGAGGCGUCUUUGAACCUGCUACAAACGACCUGGAUAAGGAUCGAGCAGUUUUUGCCCGGCUUCAUGAACCAGCUAUUCCCAGCAGUCCCCCCACCUGCAUCCCUAUCUUCCCCAUCUCCACUCCCCACACAAGCUCCUCCGGUCGAGAGCACACUACCUCAGCCUUCCGGCGAUCACAGCAGAAACCUGGAAGGUGUGGUAGUGCAAGAGGUUCCGGUGACAGUGGAUCAUGUUAUUGUGAGCAGUGGUGGUGGAGUUAGUACACUGGCUGCUAGGCCUAUGCAGGCGCAGUGUAGUCCUAGUCGAUCGCCUCCUGGGACCUCACCCCAUGCCUCUCCACCCACUACUAGCAGCCCAGUUGCUGAGUUGCAGGCUCAGGGGGAGGUUUCAAUUGGUAGUUUCCCGGUCACACUCCACCCUCCUUUACCCACCCUCACCAACAUCCCAGUGUCUCAGGGUGAAGAGAGCACUGGCUCUCAGCAGUCGCUUGUACUAGUCCAGCCAGCUACCCAGAGUACCCCACCUGCAGCUACAGCUUCACCUCUCCUAAAUUUGUAACUACACCAAACACUCCAUCUUAUACACACACUUGGGGUUAACUACCCUCCCUAUUGUGCUCACUAAAUUGCUGUGAGAAAUAGUCCCUGUUCUAGUGCUAUAUUUUCAAAGUGUCCAACCUACAUUCAGUGGCAGUAAAUUGUGCAGUGACAG